AUGGCACGCAAGCUCCGCGAUUUCAGAGCCUUCAGGGCCUGCUAUUGGCCCGUGGCCACGCGCAGCCGACGCCGCGCCUUGUUCCGGGCGGCCCUCGCCGUCCUCGUCUUCCCGAUCCUCCUGCAGUGGUUCCUGGCCUACAUCGUCGGCAGCGAUGCACGUCUUCUGCCGCCGGAGCUGCUCCGCGCAAAGAACCUGCUUGUCGUGACGGCGCAUCCCGACGAUGAGUGCCUGUUCUUUUCGCCCACCAUCCUGGGCAUUCUUGAUCGGAACCGUGCUGUCAAUGGUGGUUUGUUAGUUAUGUCGACUGGAAACAACUAUGGCAAAGGCGAGACGCGCAAGCAAGAGCUCAAGGGGUCGUGUCAGGCCCUGGGCAUCAACCCAUCGAGGUGUGAGGCGUUUAACCAUCCAAGGCUGCAGGACAAUCCCAAGGUGUGGUGGGAUACGGCCUUGAUUCACUCCAUCGUGAGGGAGUAUGUCAAGAGAUGGGAUGUUGAUGCUAUCAUCACAUUCGAUGAAGGUGGCGUUUCUGGACAUAUCAACCACCGAGCAGUCAGUGCAGCCGUGAGCGAAUACGUGACGAGCACCAAAGACGCACCUCCGGCCUACAAGCUCGUCACCACGGGCACCUUUAGGAAGUACACGUUCCUCUUCGACCUGCCCUACACGGCCCUCUCCUUCUUCUGGCGCAUCGCUCUGCUGGCCAACUCAUUGCAUCGCUAUGCCUUGACACGGGCUGCCUUUGCGAGCCAUGGCAGCCAGUACACCUGGGACCGCCACUUGUACAUGCUUCUGAGCCGAUAUGUGUGGUUUAACGAUUUGAGGAGGAUACCAGCGCCGUCGUCGUAA